AUGGUGACAACCUACAUCUAUAACCACACAUAUAUUGUGAGUCUCAUGAAAAAAUAUACAGGUGGUAGAGAUAUUGUUCGUCCCGGUGUUACCCGAUUUGCAACACAAUUUCUACAACUUCAAGCAAUUGUGAGACAAAAGGAAGGUCUUGAAAACAUGUUUAAUUCUGAAAAAUUUAGAAAAACAAAAUAUGGUAAAGAAAAGAAAGGAACGGGAUAUGAAGCAAGGAAAAUUGUUAUGAGUAGGGACUUUUUGAGUAAGGCUAAUGAUAUAUUGAAAGUAUUUGAGCCAAUUGUAAAAGUUUUGAGACUAGUUGAUGGUGAUGAGAAACCAACAAUGGGUUUCAUAUAUGAAGCCAUUGAUCGAGCAAAACAAGCAAUUCAACAAAAUUCUCGUUAUUUUCUUAAUUCGCAACUUCAAUAUGGAAUUGAACAUGGAAAAGUUGUGUAUAAAGAAACAUUUAAUGGAACAACUAAUGUAAUCAUGAAGAUAGAAAGAAACAUGGAUGAUCAAAUCAAAGCUUUAAACCAACUAACACUUUUUAGAGAAAAGAGUGAAACUUUUGGUACACCUCUAGCUCAAAAAUUUUGGUCUAAAAUGGAUGCAGCCCAAUGGUGGGAAUAUCAUGGUUCAUGUGCUACUGAACUUCAACGUUUGGCUAUGAAAGUUGUUAGUCAAACAACCUCUGCCACAAACUGUGAGAGAAAUUGGAGUAUAUUUAGCUAUAUCUACACAAAGACAAGAAACAAAUUGAAGUACAAAAAAUUGCAUAAGCUUGUCUUCACACAUUACAAUAUGAAGUUGAGAAUGAGGGAUAAAUUAAGGAAGAGUCAGGAAGAGAUAGAAGCAAAUUUUGAUCCGAUAAAUCUUGACUAUAUAUUUCAAGAAGAUCUGUUAUCUCAUUGGAUAGAAGAGAGAGAAAAUCCGUUAUUGGAUGGAGUUCAAAAUGCAGAGUGGUUGCCGAUAGUUGAUACAGAUGAUGAAAAUGUUGAUGAUAAUAGUGAAACUAAUGAAAGUGGUGGGGGUUUAAGUCCACCAAGCAGUGAAGGUGAAGGUGGAAGUGGAGGUGGUGAUGAUGAAGGAGAAGAUGAUGAACUUGAUCCAUAUCAUGAAACACCACCAAAUUAUAGGCGCUAUAGGAACUUAACUCAUAUGGAUCGUUCUGACAACUUGCUAAUUGACACAAGAGGAAAUGUGUCACAAUCUGGAAGAAAGGGGAAAAGGAAACAAAAUGUUCCACUUGAAGAUUCUUCCUCUUCUAGUAUUGCUCAUAGUUUUAGUGAUUUUGGGAUUGGUGAUUCAUCACAAAGUAGUCAACAAUCUUAUCCACCUGUUUAUGAAUAUUCAUAUUUCAACCCUUAUAACCAAUAUCGUAGUGAUCAAGCUCCUCCGUACUACCAACAAUCAACGAAUUAUCACAAUUCUUAUCAUCAACAAUCAAGUGAUGUUUUUUUUUAUUUCUUUGGACAGAGAGCUACACAAGAUGAUAGUCAGAGUAAAAAUACAAGUUAUGCUCCUUCACGUCAUUCCACUAUGUGGUAG